GCAGCGGCUGUAUGAAAUAUGAAGGCAAAUUCAUAAACCCUUAACCCCCAGGAAGAGUUUGCAAGCUCAGCGGGGCAGGGCAGCCAGCUGAAGAAAACGACUGAAACUCUCCAAAUGUCAGCAUUAAGAACAUGGCAUCACCUUAUUUUGCUAAAUCCAUAACCAAAUUUCGUCCUUGUCUUUCCCUUUCCGGGCACUACUCCACGCCUUCAUCUUAUUCUUUGUUCAGCUCUGCCGCUGCAGUUUCUUCUGCCUCGGAUCCCCAGUCAUCUUCCCUUUCGCAAGCUCAACAGAAACAAAGAGAGUCGAGAUGGUCAAAAUGGCUCCUGUUUCUACCUGGGGCUCUCACGUUUGGCCUCGGAACGUGGCAGAUUUUCAGGAGGCAAGAGAAGAUAGAAAUGCUAGAUUUCAGGCAGAAGCGAUUGUUAAUGGAACCCGUGAACAUAAACAGCUUGUUUCCAUUGGAAGACAAGCUAGAUGAUCUGGAGUUCAGAAGGGUAAUCUGUAAAGGAGUUUUUGAUGAGAAAAAAUCAAUCUAUGUCGGUCCACGUUCAAGAAGCAUUUCAGGAGUGACUGAAAAUGGCCAUUAUGUUAUUACCCCAUUGGUGCCCAUUCCCAACAUACCUGAUAGUGUGCAGUCACCGGUUUUGGUUAAUAGAGGAUGGGUUCCGCGUAGUUGGAAGGAGAAGGCUUUGGAAGUAGAUCAACAAAGUAGUGAACAGUCUUCAGAUAUUGCAUCCUCCUCGAUUCAAGAGAGUGAGAGAAGCUCUUGGUGGAAGUUCUGGUCCAAAAGGGCUGAGAAUCUAAAGAAUGAUGUCGCUCCCAUUACUCCAACAGAAGUAAUUGGAGUAGUUCGCACAAGUGAGAAGCCUAGCAUAUUUGUUCCAGCAAAUGAUCCCCGCUCUAGCCAGUGGUUUUAUGUUGACGUUCCAGGGAUUGCCCGUGCGUCUGGUCUUCCUGAGGAUGUUAUUUAUGUGGAAGACAUAAAUGAGGAUGUGAACCCGAGUGAUCCAUACCCCAUUCCAAAGGAUGUUAAUACCUUGACACGGAGUUCUGUUAUGCCACAGGAUCAUCUUAAUUACACAUUAACAUGGUACUCUCUCUCGGCUGCCGUAACCUUCAUGGCUUUCAAAAGACUCAGGCAAAAAACAAACCGAAGAUAGCGAAAACUAUACCAUAAUAUUCUAUAGAGCAGGAGCGAACUGGAACUCUUAAAUUGUAUGUGAGAGUUAUUUUUGUUGGUAUUGUUUUUCAUAAUGCUGCCUCAGACUCUUUGAACUAAGAAAAGAUAACAAGUUUUCUACAUUUUGAAUAAAUCUGUUCUUCAUUUUGGAAAA